AUGAUAACUAAAAUAAUAUUGUUGGUGUAUUAUAAUCCCUGCACCAAGCAAAUGGGGAGUCAUAUUCAACUCCAAGUUGAAUUCUCUCCCUUGCUGCCAUCACACUGCUUCUACUUCAUUUCCUCUUCCACUCUUACCAUCCAUUUUUUUCUCUGUGCCUUGAUGGCCUCCCUCCUUCCAUCCUUUCUCUCCUCUGAUCCUUCUCUCUCCUCCUUCGCUGCUGCUUCAAUCACUUGGUUUUCUUGUCGCCCGCACAAAGUUUGAUCCUUAGAGAUUAAUUGGGCUGAGAGACCACACACCACCACUUUUCAUUUUUUUCAUUUCUUUCAUUUUCUUUGCUUUGACUUUGAAGGUUGAUUCCCUGGUAUUACUUCUCUUUCUUCCCUACUUUUUUUUUUUUUUUUUAAAUUUUCAUUGGUAUCAUCUCUCUGCAAUAUUUAUCUUCUGUUUAUCUGCAGUCUGCUCAAUUUAAGUUCUCUGAAAUCGCCAAGAAUUUAAAGGUUUGAGGGUUUGAGGGUUUGAAGGAGUCAAUGUCCAGAGAAAAAGAAAUGGAGGGUACUGCAGCAGAAGGAGGAGGAGAAGAAAGCAGGGGGUUGUGUAGAGAUGAAUGCAAUAAUAAUGUUCUCAGUUGUAAGAAAUGGGUGUUUGCUAGUAAUAAUGCCGGAGAAAAGCUUGGAGAUCAAAGCCUGAGCCACCGUGAAUUUAAAUAUCCACGACAGCUUAGGCUCAAAGUUGUUGGUUCCGGUUCCUUAGGAACUGUGCCACGUAAACCGCAGGAUGCAGAUUAUACAAUUCCUCCCCUCAUUGAUGAGGUGGAGGCUUUGAUCUUAGCCAGGGUGCCGAGAUCAGAGUACCGGAAGUUUUGUACCAUAAACAAGCGCUUUUUCGCGCUGUUGAAGAGCGGUGAGCUAUACAAGAUCAGGGCCGAACUUGGGAUUAAGGAGCCCUCUGUGUUUGUGUCGCAACACGGGGAAAAUACGUGGUGGGAAUUUGACAGGCAGUUCAGGUUUUGCAGGAAGCUCCCAAUCCUACCAUCGGAUUCGUGCUUCACGUCAAGCGACAGGGAGUCCCUUUGUGCAGGGACUCAUCUCCUGGUGUCCGGCAGAGAGAUAGAGGGUGUUGUUGUUUGGAGGUAUGACAUGGAAGCAAACCAAUGGGGCAAGGGUCCUAGCAUGAUCAGUCCGAGGUGUAUGUUUGCUUCUGCAACAUGUGGUUCCUACGCAUAUGUGGCCGGCGGGAUGGGAUUGGCAAGUGAUUGGAAAGCCAUGGAUUCUGCUGAGAGAUACAAUCCUGGGACUAAAUCAUGGGAGCCCCUUCCAAACAUGGAGCGAGAGAGGAGGAGCUGCUCCGGCUGUUUCUUGGACAACAAGUUUUUUGUGAUUGGAGGGAAAGAUCGGCAUGGAAGCGAUCUAUUCUGUGCAGAAGCCUUUGAUAUUGAGAAACACACAUGGGAACUCAUCCCGGACAUGCUAGAAGCUGACUGGACAACUCUAAGCAACCCAUCUCCACCACUUAUUGCGGUGGUGGCCAACCAGCUCUACUCUCUGGAAACUUCCACAAAUGAGCUCAAGGUGUAUUUGAAGCAAAGCAAGGCAUGGAAGAAGUUGGGAGUCGUUCCAGUAAGAGCUGACGCUACUUCCGGAUGGGGUGUAGCCUUUAAGUCGCUCAGGGACGAGCUACUUGUCAUCCAAUCCUCAUUAGAUUCAUAUGCAGGAGGCCCUGCCCUCAUAUACACUUGCCGCCCUGAUCCAACUGCUGAUGAAUUGCAGUGGCAAGCUCUUGAGCACGGCCACAGCCGCCCUACCCGCUUCAUAGUUAAUUGUUCCGUCAUGGCUGCUUGAAUGCGGUUAACUUAAACCCUAAAAGGUGUGAUUUCUGCCUAGGUAGCCGUUUGACGUGGUGCAUUUAAAUUCCACCCUUCUUUGGUGUCAUGGUAAUAACUAUAAUAGUCAUCAACUCCCGAGAAACGGUAAAGGAAUAAGAACUAUCAUGUUAAUGGACAUACAUAAUGCAGUGCAGGCAGAUGAUCAAUACGCUUCAACCGGGUUAUUCUAUUCCACCUCUUAGAAGGCUUUCCACGAGUACAAACUAGUGUUCAAUUUUCCACAUGUUUUUCGGUGUUUGUUGUAUUAUUAUUAAUGUGCGCGUCUCCCUCCCAAGUCCAAACCUUGUUAUCUAAUGGAGCUUUCUGAGUUUUUCUUUA